CAAAGCGGCAGUUUAAUUUUUUCACGUACUUUUAUAGUUCACGGAGCUGGGAUACAGAUGGGAGAUCAAAUCUCGGGAAAAAAUCUGACAGAAAGACGUCCCAAUUCGGCUUUAAUAUUUCCAGAGGUAGGUCAUCCUACUAUCCCCUACAGUCUUCCGUUUUUGCUGGUUCCAAGUGAGGGAUAUACGUGGUUUAACGGAAGUUUUUUUCCCGUUCCUUGACAACAUUCCAUUCCGGAAGUGCAGUGUACAUGUACGUGGAUCAGUCUAGUCUGCAGUGCAGCCGGUGGUUAUCGGUUGUCAUGUGUUGAAACUGCUGCAGUAGAACUUAACCCAUUCUUGAAUUUGUGUCCCAACAUUGUCUGUUUCUUCGGAAUUUCUGCAAAUGUCUUCAAGCAUUCCUCCGUGUUUCAAUCAAUGAAGAACCCUGGAAGACUAUAGACGCUGUCAUUAUCAAGGAGAACUGUUGAAAGUCGGAGAAACGAGGACUGAAAAGGGAGGAUUUUUGUGCGGAGUGUCGGUAGAGUUCUUAUGCCAGUACUCCGAGAACUCACCAUGAAUAGCCGUGUCGUCACGCGGGAUGUCACGGGCCGCUUUCGGGAGGGGGAUUUCCACGCGUCGUACACGGUCCAGAAUGAACUCGGAAGGGGCCGGUUUGCCGUGGUGCGCAAGUGCACCUGCGCGAACAGCGGCCGGGACUUUGCGGCCAAGUUUGUUCGCAAGCGCAAGAUGGGCCGGUCCUGCCACGAGGACAUCCUGAAGGAGAUACGCAUCCUGGAGAUGUCCACAGAUCACCCACGGAUGAUCAGGCUCCACGAGGUCUUCGAGACGUCCAGCGAAGUUAUCCUGGUGUUAGAAUUUGCUGCCGGUGGAGAGCUUCAUCCAUACUGCGUGGCUGAGAAGGAAGACGCGUUCACAGAGCAAGACGUGGUCAGGCUGGUGCGUCAGAUCCUAGAAGGGGUACACUACCUGCACCAGAACAACAUCGUCCAUCUAGACCUCAAGCCACAAAACAUUCUGCUGACGUCGGGCCUGCCGUGUCUCGGCGACAUCAAACUCAUCGACUUUGGCAUCGCGAGGCUCGUCCACAACGGCGAGGUCAUACGGGACAUCGUUGGAACGCCUGAAUUUGUCGCUCCGGAGGUCCUCAACUACGAGCCCAUCACGUUAGCAACAGACAUGUGGAGUAUCGGCGUCUUAACCUACGUCAUGCUGACGGGCAUCUCGCCGUUUGCCGGAGACGACAAGCAGGAGACGUUCCUCAACAUCUCCCAGGUCAACCUGGACUUUCCGCUGGAGUUCUUCCAGGACAUCUCAGACGACGCCAUGGAUCUGAUCCGGAGAGUCUGCAUCAAGGAGCCUGAGAAACGGCUAACAGCCGAAGAGUGCCUCAACCACCCCUGGCUUCAAGGCAGCUGCGAAAAGAUGACAACGAAAGAGCCGGAACUCAGGCUAGCGGAGACCGACAACAAUAACCACCUCAAGGAGGACAUCAGCAAAGACGAGGACUUCUCGGACCACUGUCAAGGCGAGGACUCCGAAAUGACGCCCCACCCUCACGACUCGGCAGACUCCCGUGUAUCAAAUCGCGACAGUUCCCCCGACGCGAUCCCCACGACCUGCAAUCAAUCGACGCCGCAAAUAUUCACCGCGACUGUCACAAUCAGAACUGUCACCCCAGACCAAGAUUGCGUCGACUUUGGUGGGAACGCCAAGGAGUCUGAGAAGAGAAUCCUCGACUCGGAAGACUCAGAGACCGCGGAAUCGGUCGAGGCAAACUCGGACUCCUCGGAGCAGAACGAUCACUGCAGGUCACCCUACCACAGCCCCUCAGCCCCCAGACGGGUACUACUCAAGAGCAAAGACGCCCUACCUAAAGAUCUCAAUCACCCAAAGCGAAUCUGCAUUCAGGUCGUCUAAGGAAUAAACAUUCAAGACAAUUUACAUUCAGGGACUGCUCAUUGGAAAUUAACUUAUGAACCAACUCGCCUGCAUCAUUCCAGCGUGGAGCAUUUAGUCCGGCGUGCCGUUAGCAAGCUGCUCAAAGAGCUGUACUGUGAUGAGACAGCUUCUGUUCUCUGAAGUUGAAUUUUAACCCAAACAAUCCAUCCAUGUGUAAAUGUAUAUUUGGAAAAUUUCACAGUUUUGGUGGCUAGAAUAGUUUUUAUAGUAAAAAAUAUUGACCAUCUUUCCAUUUUACGUUCUGUACUACAGUCGACGUGUGUUAGAUAUCAUUGCUGGGACCAAGUUUUUUACAACAUAUACAGUAAAGAAAGUUGUUUUUUUAGUAAAUGACUAAAAAAAAUCGACAAUUUCGGAAAAAAAUUACCCCAAGAGUCACCCUUCUACAAAUAAAAAAAAAUUAGUGCCGAAAGUUUUCCACUUCAGGGCUUCCAAAUAUAAUGCAGUAAUUAUAAACAUUUCUUGAAAAGAUGAAAACACGAUUGCAGCAAAACAAGUUAAUAGCAACUCAUACAACGGUAACAAGUUUAAGUCAUCAAGUGCCUGGAAAUACACUGGCAUUAGUUUGUCCUACCCAGAAAUUCCGCUGAUAGUUUUGUUUUUGCAUGCCAAAGUGUAUCGUUAACAACCAAAUUUGCUUUUAGCCCGUAAUUUCAAGGUGUGUAUUUAGUCAUUCGUUUCUCUAAAACUCAUGGCACUUUGUCUCAAUAUUAUCUUGACGCAUAGGCGAUUGAACUAUUUAUUUCUAGCAAAACGGCACAUUCUAAAAUUUACAUUUUAACAAAACUACUUAACUAGAAAUGUUGGCAUGGUGUAGUACAGUAGUUGCUUUUUGAAAGUUAUGCCAAAAAGCUCUGUUACGAGGGCUGCCAUUGGUAGAUGUUUACGGUGGAGGGAGGCUAAUGACCAAUGACAUGACUUGUCAAGUUUUAACCCGUAGGGUGUUGACAGUUGUUACAAAAGGGAUGAAUUCACAAUAACAACUCGUUGUGUUAGUAAUUAUUUUGGGGGGCGACUCAGAUUGCAUGUUAUCAUGAUUUUUGUAAAAAAAAAUAGAUUUGUAUAUAAUUUCGUUAUUUAAUUUGACAAAAGAGAUUAACAUGUAGGUUUUUGUUUUAACACGCAUGAUACUCUUAGGCGGGAAACCUCUUGCGGUUACACACUUUGAGGCCAGUUGUACUUGUGAAAGUAUGAACAAUUUUUACUAUUAUCAACGUUGGCAUGGGGUGAAAAGUAGUGUUUCGCGACACAUUUCAAUUUUCAGUGCUCCUACGGUUAAGAGUUUUAUUAAAUACCGUAUCUAGGGUAAGUUGAAGACAAGUUUAUCUGCAAUAGACGUAUCUAGGGUAAGUUGAAGACAAGUUUAUCUGCAAUAGACUCGUAGUAUCUGGUAUCCGGACGCUGGAUACUUAGCCUAUGAGCACAAUCUGAAUAAAAUCGGUAGUGUUGCGCCGUACGCGCACGAACCGUUGCAUGCGCACGGUGUGUCUUUCCAAUUGAGCUGUCAAACGCGGUGAUAGGGCGCCAACUUCUGUCCAUGCACGGAACCCAUAGGUUUAUUGCGUCAAAUAUUACAGGUAGUUACAAGAUUCCGAACAGCUUCGCAAAAAAAAUCAUCUCAUUGAACUUUUCGGUUUGUAACCAAACUUUAUUGAAGGAGUUUCAAGGGAAAUUUCCUUCUGAAACCUGCAGCUUACACUGUGGAUUAUUGUGGAUAAACUUGUCGACCGUUAGGCCAUUUUUAGUCUAAUCCUUGCAAGUCUUCUGUAGUUUGUGAAAAAAUGUUAAUUUGAAACCUACUGGUAGAUUGUAGUCACCUAUUGAUAUUCACUAGGGAAGCUACAUGUACAUUGCACUCAUCUGGUUUUAAUAAGCAGGAAAUUUUAAACUUCUCUACCUCUUGAUGCCAAGUUAUCCCGGCAAAAGAUAAGGUCAUUUUUAAAAGUUGUAAGGGUUUUGUUUCAAGGAUUUGGUGAAUUUAUCAACAACAAAAUUCAGCCGAAGUAUGCUUUGAUGGUAAGGGGUUAACCUUGCAUUUUUUUUUUAAAUUGGGUCAAAAUUUAACUUUUCCUCAAAACAACCUCAAAAUGGCAUAUUAUGCGCGAUUAACCAUUUAAAUAGGUUUUUUUUGGCUCUCAUUUUGAUGAUUUAUGGAGGUUAUUACAAAACUACAUGUAUUUUUUGUGGGCCAACAAUUUGACAAAGCUGUAGUAAUGGGUUAACCUUGUGUUUUGAAUGAAAUUGCGUCAAAAAUGAACAUUUCCAAAACCGCCAAAAUGUUUGCAUUUGAUGCAAGAUCAACCCAUUUAUAUGAUGGCUAGGCCUUGGUUUGAAGAUGCACAGUUGUUGUUGCAAAAUUAUUUGUUUGGCCAAAACGCUGAAAACGUGGCAAGGGAGGUUAACCUUGUAUUUUGAAUCAAAUUGUGUCCAAUAUUUAUUUUUUCUCAAACUGCCCAAAUUGUAUUUGAUGCAAGAUAAACCCAUUUAAAUGGUCGCUAGGCCCUCAUUUUGAAGAUU